AGACGUCUGCUGUCGUCGGAUUUUAAGCAGGCUAUUGUCAUCCUGGCAACACACCGUGUCCACGGAGUUCUUCCACCACACGUUAAUAGUCUGACCCAUCUGGACAGGAACUCAUUGACUGAACAUCAUUUUCAUCAUGGAUUUGACUAUCGCGAGAUUCUAGGGUUUCUCUUACUUUGUCAUGGAAUACAAAUCAGUCUUUGCCAGCUGAAGCGAAUUCUUAAUGCUACAGGCUUGUACAGGAGACGGGCGUAUAGCAGCCCUAUUAAUGUUAUAACUGCAGUUGAAAGGGAGCUUGGAGGAAGUGGGAGGCUCUGAUGAGGCAAUGAUGAUUUUGCUGGCCAGAAGAGUUUCAUUUCCGAACGAUCAGUGUCUAACCAGAGGAUUGAAGUGUGGUGGGGAUUUUUGAGAAAAUCUGACAUGGUGUUGUGGAUAAAGACUUAAAGGGUCAAGGGCUAUUUGAAGAAAGCGAUUUAGUCCAAGUGGAGUGCCUUUUAUUUUGUUUUAUGCCUUUACUUCAGGAUGAACUAGCACAUAUUGUGCAAGAAUGGAACCUUCAUAAAAUUAGACCCUCAUCUAAUGAAUCCUUGCCUCUCAGUAGACCAGAAACCCUUUUCUUUGCUUGAACUCGCCAGUACGAGCUCUUAUCACAAUAAUGUCGCGGCAGUUGACAUAGAUGUAGCAAGGGAUGUAUGUCGUGAAUCUCCAGACACAAAUCUCGCCGAUACAUUUGCCAAGCUGGCACAGAUAAUCAUGGAUGAAAAAAAUGUACAAAUGCCAAGUAGUCCUCAAAGUGCACUUGAUCUUUAUUCAGAACUUCUUGCUUCCAUUGGAGAUAUCUAA